GGCGGCCAACUCUUCCAAAUGAGUUGUUUUUCUAGCUAUUAUUUUCUUCUUUUCAGCAACUAAUAAAGAUAAAAUACAAUUUAUCCAAUGUUAAGAACAUACAAAAGGACCUAGAGAAUUAAGGCAACGACGAUGGACCACUACCAGCCCCCCCAGAGGUUCUUUCAUAUGCCUAAGUUUGAGCAGAAUGCUGCCCUCCAGACGCGACCAUGGCAUGGAAAUAUCCAUCGCCCUUCAUUCAAGCCCCAUAUGCAUGGGCAGGCCCACAACCAGUCCCAGCAGCUGUUGACUGGCCAAGGGGCAAAUUUCAACGGCAAGCAAAUAAGGAAGUCCAUACAUAGAAGGACAGUUGAUUAUAAUGCAGCUUGUGUUAAACAUCUUGAGAAUCGUAUUUGGCAGAGGGACUAUCGGGACAUGCGAGUUCUGGCACCAGAUUAUAUCUAUUACCCAGAGAUGGUGCCUCCACUUGGCUUGAAUCACAAUCCCAUGAACAGCAUAACCAGCAAACAUAUCAGGACAUCCAUGAACAAACUCAGAUGCCCGAUAUUCUCCCUAUGCUGGACACCGGAGGGGAGAAGACUGGUAACGGGUGCAUCCAGUGGGGAGUUCACUUUAUGGAACGGUUUGACCUUCAACUUUGAGACGAUAUUACAGGCUCACGAUGCACCAGUCCGUACAAUGGGAUGGAGUCACAAUGACCAGUGGAUGUUAACGGCUGAUAACUCGGGCUUCAUUAAAUACUGGCAGUCGAAUAUGAACAAUGUUAAGAUGUUCCAAGCCCAUAAAGAGGCGGUGAGAGAUCUAAGUUUUUGCCCUUCCGAUACGAAAUUCACCACCUGUUCCGACGACGGUACGGUUCGAAUAUGGGAUUUUAUGAAAUGCACGGAAGAGAGGAUUCUACGAGGCCAUGGCUCUGAUGUCAAGUGUGUGGACUGGCAUCCACAGAAGGCCCUCAUCAUCUCUGGAAGCAAGGACAGUCAGCAACCAAUCAAACUCUGGGAUCCAAGAACAGGAACGGGCUUGGCUACACUGCACGCCCACAAAAACACUUGUCUUGACGUCAAGUGGAACCAGAAUGGUAACUGGUUCCUGACAGCGUCACGUGAUCACCUCCUCAAAGUGUUCGACGUCCGCAACAUCAAAGAAGAAGUACAAGCAUUCAAGGGCCACAAACAGGGCGUGAUAUGUGGGGCCUGGCAUCCGUUACAUGAGACGUUGUUCUGCAGCGGUGGUUAUGAUGGGGCCAUCAUGUUCUGGAAUGUUGGUAUUGAGAAGGAAGUUGGUGUGAUUGAAAAUGCUCAUGAAGCUAUGAUAUGGAAGUUAGCCUGGCAUCCACUUGGCCAUACACUGGCAUCAGGGUCAAACGACCACACUACGAAAUUCUGGACGCGUAAUCGGCCCGGUGAUAAGAUGAGAGAUCGCUACAAUCUGAACACUCUACCUGUUGGCCUCGAAGAUGGAGAUGGAGAGGAGGUACCAGAUUCCGUGAUUCCUGGGAUGGGAAUGGAACCGAUUCCUCCGGUAGAGGAAGAGAAGCCUAAGGAACCAGAAGGCCCCAGCAUCCCUGGCCUGGAUUGGUCUGAGGAAGAUCACCAGCUGCUUGUCAUCCAGGAACGCCAAGAGAAGCUCAAUAUGCUGAAGCGAAAGAAGAUCCCGUAUGCCAAACCUGUCCCCAGGGAUUUCCAAGAUGCUUGGGAUAGUGGUGAGGUUGCAGCAGAAGAGCAGGUUGAAAUCACACGAGAGUCACAGAAGGAUGAGAAAAAGGAUAAGGAGAGAGAUCGAGACAGAGACAGAAAGGACCGGGGCCGUGAUAGAGAUAAAAAUAGAGAUAGGGAUCGAGAUCGUGACAGGAACAAAGAUCGAAAAAGAGAUGGAGGUGAUCGAGAUGGUGACCGGGAUCGUCAUCGAGAUCGAGAUAGGAAAAGAAGCCGUGCUAGAAAUAGAGAUAACGAAAGGGACCUAAAAGACGAGAUGAGAGAAGCAGCUGAAGUAACCAAGAACAGUUCUGGCGUGCCUUCCCUCAUGGACAUGAAAACAACACCAACUCCUUCCCUGUUUGCCCAGACACCUUCUGAUCAGACUGGCUUGGUUGGACAGAAUAUCAUUAUGAGGCCCCCACAGCAAGAAGGCAUGGUGACACCUCUGAUGUCUGGCGGCCUGGGACGAGCCCCACAACAGAGCUUCGUUGAAGCCGGCCUCAAGGAAUUGAGGCAAACUACAGAACAUCCUUUGGACACAGACGACCGAGUCAUCCCAAUGUUUGCUGGUGAUGAGGAUUUACGUGGUGGGAAAGAAGUGUUUGAUGAUUUUGGCCAUUUCGGCAGGUCGCAGGAUUUCGAUGGAUGGAGUAAACAGACAGAGUUCGGUGAGACAGAAAAUCGGUUUUUGAAGAAAAUGAAUAUGGGAGACUUGGACGACAGGUCAUCUGGAGCUACGUUUGGAAAUAAUCGGUUCAGUCAAAAUAAUCGUGGCGGACGAGGAUUCAAUAAUGGGCGAGGUAAAAAUGACAGAAAUAUGGAUAGUGACUUGAGAGAAAGUCGCGACAGUGAUUUUCGACGGGGUUCUGAUACUUCUGGAAAUUGGAGUCGUGAGAACCGUUUGGGUAAUCGCGAUGAUGAUCAGAUGCCACGAUGGUCUGAGAGCAGUGUGGCUUCUGAUCUUGACUUGAGAGGCAACAGGGACAGUGGGUCGCGCGACAGGGAUGACAGGUUCGCACAAAAUGACAAUCGCGGUAUGAAAAGGUCGUGGGACUCUGGCCCUGGUGAUUCGAUGGGUCAAGGGUCACAGGAAGAUACAGGUGACUUUGAUUUACGGCGGUCCAGCUUCCAAGAAUCAAAAGAUGAGGAUCGCAGGGGACGAGGUGGUCGGGGGCGUGGGCGUGGGCGUGGGCGUGGUGGUCGUGGCAGUUCACGUGGAGAUCGAGGUAGUUCUCGCGGUGGAUCCCGGGGGGGUUUCAAUGAUAAGAAGGACUGGAGCAAAGGUUCAGAUCAAGAUGAUAGGAGUUCAGAGCGAGGUCGUGGACGUGGCAGAGGUGACCGAGGUGGGCGUGGCAGGGGCAGGGGCAGAGGUGACCCGCGGAAAAGUCGGGGUGGCCAGGGGAAAUAGAUAGAUUGGCACCUUUAAAUUUCACCUCAUGUAUUGUGGCACUGCACAUGGUCGGACACACGGCAUGUUGUUGUUGGAGUCGAAAUGCUGUCACUGGAGCCGAAUAUGAGUUCAGCCAAAUAUUUUGCACCUUAGUUUGACUGUUUGAUGAAACUCAUUGUUGAAUUUCACUUUAAGUGGCAGAGGUAGCAGUUCUUGGGAACAAUAAAACUUGUCCAAGAGUUUACUCCGCUCUCAAUUGGAAAAAAAAGUCAAGUAUAUGAGAAUAGUGUUGUAAAUAUUGCUUGAUGAAGACCUACUGUGAAGGUUGCAAUUCGUGGCCGUCUUGUGAAAUCAGAAAGCCUAGAUUUUGAAAAUCUAAGUGUUCUCUGAUAGCACGGCCGCCACUAAUAUAUACGAAAUGCAACUUUUACAGUAUAAUAGUCUGGGCAUUUGACUGUAAAUGUAGUGUGUAUAGUGUAAUGUUACGUUGUUCCAAUCAUGUAACUGUCUAUGAUACAUGAUGAAGGGACUCAGUAUAUCAAAAUACGCUGAAUCUAACAAGACCAAUGUUUGAUUACUCACCUGACCCUUUCUCCCUCCUCAAAGACUGAACUGGGUAUAAAGCUUUCCUCUCAACUUUUUGGGAUUCUAGGACAUCUUUUAUCAUGAAACUACUCUACCUGGUGCCGUCUCUGUGACAGCAAACAUUUCUAUAUUCCUAGAAUAAAGCAAAUUGGGGAUUUAAAA